AACCUUUCCCGCCAAAUAUAUUUGCACCGCUUCGUACUUCCGGGUUUGGAGAUUGUCAUGAUAAACAACAAUUUCGUACUACUUUGGUCAAUUUGGUCGGGCCCAUCACAUUCAGUUCGUACAGAUGUUUCUAUAAUACUAAAGGGGUAUAUAUUCGGUUCGUUAGGAGUGUUUAAAGGGGCAGAACUCGUCGUCGAAACCAGAGCAGUGGUAUCGACACUACGUAGUUUCGGUUGAUGAUGUCAUACUGGCCUGGGUGAUUCCCCGCUAACGAUAGGUUGUAUAUCGCGUUGUGCAUAAAAACUCCCCAUGACUCAUGGACUUCACGCGCUUGUGCCGGGAAUUUCCAUGUUAGCUAGACGUCUGGACGGCACGAGAUUCAUUUGUGACCGUUGGGAGCGACUGAAUCAGACGUGCGACGGUGUCUUCUGGGCCAGAACGGCCUGAGAUCUUCUAAAACUUUGUCCGGGCCCCUCCUUGCGUGUCAAGCUGAUCAUCGCCCCUGAGGAGAAUUUCGGAGUCCUUAGCAGAAGACAGCGAUAUAAUUUCCUCCUAGAUAAGACUGGUUUCGAAAGUGUUGUACAGAAGUGUUUGGUGAAGAGGGAGGCUAUGUGGACCUCCCUUGUGCUCCAGCCUACGAUCCGACGAACAACCUCCAUUGGCAAGUUAUUCAGAGAGGCACAGGAAGUAACAUCAUCUUUCUUGUCAAAGAGCCUGGAAAAGACGUAGAGAUUCGUUACACGAGGUUAGCUGGACGACUGUCUCUCCGGGAUAGCAACAAUCUGAGGAUCUCCAACCUGAACAGAGAUGAUGAUUCUGUGGACUCAACCGACCCACAUUUUGUUGGGACGUACCGGUGUAGCCAACCACAGGAGGAGGACCCACUAGAGGGAGAUCAGUUCAUUCUGCGAGUCAGACGGAGGGCAGUGUUCUUGUUGACACAAAGAUGUCGGUUGGACAGCAAGAGAUCAAAAGUGUGAAAGCCGACCUUGUGUCAAAAGUGAGGUCUGGAGACCUGACAGGAAUAGACGUGGACAUCAACUAUCUCCGCAUAGACGAUGAAAUACCACGUCCAUUCAAUAGAGGUCCCCAAGGCCCUGAUAUCGUCGCAAUAGUGCUUUCAUCUAUUGCAGCAGCUGGAGUCGCCCUCAUUGCUGGGGUAGCUGCUUACCUUUUCUGUCGAGGCAGUGCUAAGAAUACCUACAUUGAAGGUGUCAAAGAUACCAUUGAGAUGGCCCUCGGUCUGGAUUUGAACAAGUUGAAAGAACUAACAAAGGGCGAUGCAAAUCUGUCCAUCCUGCUCCCACCACCUGCUGCAACAGAGAAGCCAAUCUCCAACGUCAGGCUGCCAGAUACUGGCUUUCACGAUAGUACAGACUGUAAGAACAUUGUAGCUAAGGCAGGAGAAGGUAAUUCCUUAGUAAUAAUUGGCUCUACAGGUAGUGGUAAGACACAAGGGGUUCUAGCAUAUGCUAAAGGGUUUGCUGAGAAAAACGCAAAUGCAAUCAUGUGGUUCUUUGGUAGGUCAGAGAAUGAGGAGAAGGGCCUGACAAAGGAGACUAUCAAAGAACAAGGUAUCGAGCUGGCAAAAAAGUUUGGGCAUGGCAACUUGUCACCAGAGGAGUUGCCAAAUAAAAUCAUGAAGUCUCUACAAAAUCGCCAGAGCAAAAGCCUCCUUGUCUUUGAUGACGUCACAGCCACAAGUGGCAUCCCAGCAGCCUAUCUGUCUGCCUCUGAGAAAGUCACAGUCUUCAUCACCACUUGCAGUGCCAACCUCGACCUUACCCUUCCCGAGUACAAGAUGGAGGGCUUCACAAAGGACGAUGUGCUGAAGUUCUUGAAGAGGGAGGACAAGAAGUCCGUGGAGAUCUUUGGGAAAACACCGGAUGAAGACCUACUAAAGCUCGCUGACCAUUUUGGCAACCUCCCCCAUGGACUGUCACUGGCAAGAAGCUAUAUGUUAUCAUCCAGGACAUCGGUGAAGGGCUAUCUCCGUGAGCUAGAGGAGAGGUCAAACCGCGUUGGUGGAGAGCUUAAGGCUCAUGAGAAGGCUGUGUAUGGAGCUAUCCUGCUGGCAAUGGAGAACAGAAUGUCAGGAACAUCCCAAGAAAUGCUGAAGUUUGCUGCCAUUCUGUCCCAGGACCGGAUUCCCAUCUUCAUUCUCAGCAAGGGUGUAGAAAUUAGCUUUGACGAGAAUCCAGACAAGGAUGAAUUCAUCACAGAAGUUGACGAACUGUCCCUGGCUCGUGUUGAGGGGAAGAAAGAAGAAUGGAUCGAUGGACGGAUGAUCAGUGUUCAUCAGCAGACACAGGCAGCCAUCUUGGCCAACUUAGAUGAGGAGGAACUGGAAACAAUGAGAAGGAGCCUCAUCCAAGUCUUCUUGGAGUACUUCCACAAAGACACCCGGAAGAUCCAAGAUGGCUACAUCAACGGUCUGCUUCUGCCACACGUUGAGGCUGUUCUCAAUCUUCGUACCAUCAGCGAACUGCCUGAAAAUUACCACACCGGUUUGGCACGCCUGUAUGAGACCAUCGGAUACAUGUACUGCCAGAAGCGUCUCCCAGAGGCUGCCAUCUUUCCACUGGAGAAGGCCAAAGAGAUGAUCAGUAAAAUCGUCCCAUUGGAUACAGAUGCUGACACCAUCUUCCAGUCGCUUGUGGAGAAAGGAAGCGAGCUUUACGGCCAAGAGGACGUCUACAGCAAGAACUUGAAGAAAAGGGUCUUGACGACAGGAGAUGUAGGGGUUCUCAAAACCAAGGCGUUAACGUUGAGUGAUGAUUUCAUGGCUGCAGCUAAGAUGGGAAAGCCCCUAACUGAAGAGCAAUUUCAACAACUGGUGCAGCUACAUCUGGCCUACAACGCUGAGCAGAUCCAGCAAUCUUUCCUGGUUGAGUUGGCAGCCACCGUCCUCUACACUUCUGCUCGGAGGAUCUUCUACUUCCAGGGUGAAGAAAGGGUGCAAUACAGGCAGACUGCCGAGAAGGAUCUCAACCUCUCCCUCACACUCAGCCAAAAACUAGCGAGCGACCAGGGGCUGGAGAUCUUGAACAAGAUGCUGUCCCAGCGGUCUGGCACGCUGUACUUGUUGAAGGAAACUGAGGGUAAGUCCACUGAACAACAGAAAGAGGACUUUCUUCUGGCUAUUGAAGGAUACCAGAACCUCAUCAACGAUGAUAAGGACUACUUUGAGAAUGGCGUACUGAAGAAGAUUGGUGACGAUGACUGGCACAGGAUGCACUGCUACAGGGCUAUUGUUUACACCUACAAUGACCUGAUUACCAAACUGGCCACAACAGACCAAGAGAGGGCUGACUACAUCCGUCUCCAUGACGAAAGUGCACAAAAGAUGGUGGACUUUGGAGAGAAACAAGUGAAGAAAGACGACAAGGGGAAGGUUAUUGAGGCACCAGAAAUGUUGCCAGAAAUCUACAACAUGUCCGGAGACUUCCUCAUACAGAUGAUAGAGAAGGGUUUUGUGAAGCCUGAAGAUGGAAACCCGUUGGGCAGGGCAAAGCAGUGGUAUCAUGAGGCCCUAGAUGUAGAAUCCAUCAAGGCAUACCAUGAGGCAGUUUCUCGACUUGGUUUGGCAAAGGCCUUCACCUUGAUGUACGAGGCGGAGACCGCUAAAGUUACCACAAACGGAGAAACCAGGAUCCCCAUGCAUGAUGCAGAUGAGAAGAUUCCAUUGGUCAACAACAACCCGACCCUCGACGAGAUCCACCACCUGAUCAAUGCAAAAGAAGAGAUGAACAAAAGCCUGAAAAUCUAUGAAGAGGAACUGAGGAACCGAACGAAAGACAUCCAAGAAGCUAAGAAGUGGAACGACCGCAUUGUGCGCCACAUUGAUAGCCUGCCUAACGUGCCAAAAGAACAAGAAAGUACCGUGUGAAGCCAACAUCAUCAAUAAUAUCGGUUAAUGAGCUAGGAACAAGACAGCACACUGCAAAUUUUUCUACAAAUAACUUGGGCUGUUUUUAAACUGUUAUUGUGUACGAGCAUUUGAUCAGAACCCCUUGUGAUUCCCCUACCUUGUUUUGGUAAUGCUACAGGCAGCUGUUGACUCUUUUAAUUUGAUGACGUAAUGAUCACUAUGAUAUCAUUCUUUAAUCAAUAAGGUUUAGAUUAAUUUCAGUAUACGGUUUUAUUAUUGUAUCUCUGUGUAGUCAUAGUCUAUAUAUAGACAAUUACAGUGAACAGUGGAAAAUAUCCCUAUUGAUUAGUAACUUACAUCCCUAUAGCUAAGCUUCCUAGCAAUGUUGUGUGUAGUGGAAAUGGUAUUCAACUUUAACUUUAGAUGACUUACAGUGAAAUUGUGUAUAUUAUUUAAGUGGAUAUCAUGAUGAUGAUCCUGUUGUAAAUUUUUAAUUAUUCACAUUGAGAUGUGGGUUUUUAGACGAGUCAGAAUAGAUCGAAUUUCCAGGCAGACAUUUUUGCUCUUAAUUAUACUUAGCGGUAUGUUUAAGGCUUAUGUUUUGUUUCAUAAGAAUGCAACAAGUGUUGUGCAGUUGAGUAUAGUUAAAAGUUCAAGCAGGAAUUGAUGCAAUGUUUCUAUUUGUUAUAAAAUUUUGAUGGUUUCAAUGAUGGUAUUGUUAGCCAACGUUGUUGCAAAUGUAUGCUCUUAAGAAUGACAUUUUGUUUUGUACAAGCGUUAGAUUUGAAGUAUGUACUUUCAAAUAUUGCUGUGUGCGUAUGUAGUAGUUCUUUAAAGAUUAUGGCUGCUAUUUUGAUUAGUGAUUGUUUUGAAGGUGUGUUAUAAUUAUAGUAUCUAUGCUGCAUCGUAUAUGGAAGAAAACAGUGUCGAAAGAUUUGAAUGGUACAUGUAGGUCAAAUCAUGGCACUCUAAAAUAUUUGAUAUUUUGUACACUUUCAAUGGUUUUUGUGCCAAAUGAUCCAUUCGUUUUUAGAUGUGACUAGAGAAGGCCGAAGAACAACUGUCACAAAAAGACCUUACCAUGUCGUAUGGCUGAGAGACGCUAUCAUUCAGAAUAUUGUUGCAUACACAAUUACGAGAGUGUUAUUGUUUUCAUUCGCAUAUAAGCUAUGCACUGUGACUCUUUCGCAUUGUUCAAGUAAUUGUGAAAGCAUUAGUAGGCAAUAUGAGUGAAAUGGUUCAAGUAUUGUAUAUAUUUCAAAGUAUAGCAUCUGCAAAAACUACAAUAAAACGCUUUGGGUAUACUUGUUAAA